CCUCUGCCUGAAUCCAGCUGAUAACGUUGACUGCUCCGGGGGACUGAAGUGAGAGCUGUCAGUCAUCAUGGGAAACAUCUUUAGUAAUCUGCUGAAGAGCCUGAUCGGCAAAAAGGAGAUGAGGAUCCUCAUGGUGGGGCUUGACGCCGCGGGGAAGACCACCAUCCUGUACAAGCUGAAGCUGGGCGAGAUCGUCACCACCAUCCCCACUAUCGGGUUCAACGUGGAGACGGUGGAGUACAAGAACAUCAGCUUCACCGUGUGGGACGUGGGCGGCCAGGACAAGAUCCGCCCGCUGUGGCGACACUACUUCCAGAACACCCAAGGGCUGAUCUUCGUGGUGGACAGCAACGACCGCGAGCGCGUCAACGAGGCUCGAGAGGAGCUGAUGAGGAUGCUGGCAGAGGAUGAGCUGCGCGAUGCCGUUCUUCUGAUCUUCGCCAACAAGCAGGACCUGCCCAAUGCCAUGAACGCGGCAGAGAUCACAGACAAGCUGGGCCUGCACUCGCUACGCCACCGAAACUGGUACAUCCAGGCCACCUGCGCCACCAGUGGAGACGGCCUCUACGAGGGCCUCGAUUGGCUGGCCAAUCAGCUGAAGAACAAGAAGUGAGCGUCCCAUUGGGUAGGAGGCGGGGGAGGAGCCUAGCAUUAAGACGUGGUUAACAUAUGGGUGCAUUGAGUUUACAUGGAGAGGUACCAAUGUAAAGUUACUCGCAAUGCUCCCACUUUUAGUUCUAAAAGUCGAAAGAGUUGGUUCAUGUUAUUUUGUUCCAUCGAAGGUGACUGUUGUUGAUGACUAAAUAAUAAUAAAUACAAGCGUGGUGAAAACGUUAAUUUAAAUGAUGAAUGAUGACAUUAAAAUUAACGUUUCGCGAGAAUUAUAAGCCAGUAGAUGAAGUCGUGAAACAGUUUGUGGAGCUGAAACUGACACUAGUCGAUAAUUCUGAUUACUCCUUAUCAUUAUGGUAGAGGUCACUUGUAUUGUAUAUUUCAGUCUUCAUUUGACAAAAUAAGGUUUCAUUCAGUAGUCAAAACGAUGCUAUGCUAAAUCAUUAGACUGAACGGUCACAAACAGGUUCAAGAUUUAAAUUAUUUGUUAAAUAUCAUUCAUUCACUCAUUCAUUUUAUGUUUGCUGUUCUGAAUAUGCAUAUAAUACAAUGCAUAUUUAACUCACUGGGAUAUAAUACAUACUUGUACCUCAUAUAAAACUGCCCAAACUGCAUGGAAAUAUACCCAAUGCUGGCUGAUAGGCUGUAGUAUAUUGGAACCACUACUGUUGGCUAUUGUGAACACUAACCAACACUUACCAUCAGAUGAACUGAUGAGGAUGAUGCUGCUAUUGGCUAGCGUCCAGAAGGCUGCUGUGAGAUGAACAGAGUUUUAAACUUUUGAUUGAUUUAUUUAUAUAUUAAGUUGCUUGCGUGUGAAGCUUCGCUCUAUCAUGCUAAGUAUUCACUCUGCUGAGGGCAGCUCAGUGGAAAUUACAUUGUGUGUGUCAUUGUUUGUAGAUUGCCUAUACAUUUGUCAAUGUCUAUUAUGCGUCUCGAUUCAUAUCGUAUGAGCACUGCUGUUGUGAUACAAUUUGCACAUUUUUAAUGUUAAUGUCUAAUUUCAGAUGAUAAGCUGUAAACGCAGAACUUUAAGCUCAUGUUCAUUCAUGAUUUUAUUACCCGUUGUUCAAACCGCGCUGCUCUGAGCCUUCAGAAGAAAACAAAUGGGAAUCAGAAUGAGAGUGAAACUGCAUCACAAGGCAUGUCCAUAUUGUGAAAGAUCUCUAGAGUUAUUAUAAGUUGUUUUAAGUUAUAAUAGUAAGUUACAUCCAGUCACCGCUACUGGACUGAUACAUGUGAUGGAUUAAGUGUCGAGUUUACUUAAAAAAAUGGAAAACUUCUAAUAUGCAAGAGCAUGUUUUGUAUGUCCACACAUCUGUAUAUAUGUUCAUGUUACAAGAUACAAUAAUAUUUAUGGUUCAGUUGAAAUUGUUGAUAUACUAAUCGAUAUCUGCGUACAUUUGUUGGGCGGAUACGCUGAAGUGAAAACAGCUUGAAUGUGUGAUGUAACUUUAUUUCAGUUCAGUGUGAAACAUUGUUUUGUGGCCUUAAUAUUGCCAGUGGUUACUUUCUUUUUUAAAACAUUUCUACGUAGGAAUUAGAAAUUCUUACGUUGAAAUGCUCCCCCUUUCAAAAAACAACAAUGAUAGAUUAACAAUUGUUGUGGAAAAAUGUAAUUUAAGGAUUUAAAAUACAUAAACAUUGACUAAAACAAGCCUGCAUUAGAGCAACUGAAUUUAUAUAUAAAGAUGGAUAUUAUUAUUAUAAUAAAUAUUAUUAUGGAAAAUGUUGCUCAGACCGGUGAUAUAAUCAAGAGGAAAAAGCAUAAAAUAUUACUCAGACUGUUUUGAUGUAUUUAAUGUAUAUUAUCACGAGAAUAAAUGUAAAAGACUGGUGCCA